AUGCAACCGCAAGCGAAUGUUGCCGUGCCACAAUCUGUCACGACACAGCCUCAACAAAUUGUCGGUGUCCCUGCAAAUGCGGUGAUCUUGAAAAUGUCGGAAAUACAACAGAUAUCUACCGUUGGAUUAUUGGAGUUAGCUCAUAGAGAGUAUCAAGCUGGAGAUUACGAUAGUGCGGAACUGCAUUGUAUGCAGUUAUGGCGUCAGGAUGGCACUAACACGGGAGUGUUGUUGUUGCUGUCAUCUAUUCAUUUCCAAUGUCGGCGCUUGGACAAAUCUGCUCAUUUUUCAACAUUAGCUAUUAAACAAAACCCCUUGUUGGCUGAAGCUUACAGCAACCUUGGCAAUGUGUACAAAGAGCGUGGGCAACUUCAAGAGGCUUUGGAGAAUUAUCGUCAUGCAGUAAGGCUAAAGCCAGACUUCAUAGAUGGUUACAUCAAUUUGGCAGCAGCUCUUGUGGCUGCUGGUGAUAUGGAACAGGCAGUUCAAGCUUACGUCACAGCUUUGCAGUAUAACCCUGAUCUGUACUGCGUUAGAAGUGACUUGGGUAAUUUGCUCAAGGCCUUAGGACGUCUGGACGAGGCAAAGGCAUGUUACUUGAAGGCCAUCGAAACGAGGCCAGACUUUGCAGUUGCUUGGAGUAAUUUAGGAUGCGUUUUUAACGCGCAAAGUGAAAUAUGGUUGGCAAUUCAUCACUUUGAAAAGGCGGUUGCAUUGGAUCCCAAUUUCUUGGAUGCUUAUAUCAACUUAGGGAAUGUGUUGAAGGAAGCCAGAAUAUUUGACAGAGCCGUAGCAGCUUAUUUACGUGCACUCAACUUAUCACCGAAUAAUGCAGUUGUUCAUGGAAACUUGGCUUGCGUAUAUUAUGAACAGGGACUCAUUGACUUGGCCAUCGACACGUACAGGCGUGCCAUAGAACUUCAACCUAAUUUCCCCGACGCGUACUGUAACUUGGCGAAUGCUCUAAAAGAAAAGGGCCAAGUCGCCGACGCAGAAGAAUGCUACAACACAGCACUAAGAUUAUGUCCCUCACAUGCUGACUCUUUGAACAACUUGGCUAAUAUCAAACGUGAACAAGGAUACAUAGAAGAAGCUACUCGUCUGUACCUAAAGGCACUAGAAGUGUUCCCAGAAUUUGCCGCUGCUCACAGCAAUUUAGCCUCAGUCUUACAACAACAAGGGAAAUUGAAUGAAGCACUCAUGCAUUACAAAGAAGCAAUUCGUAUUCAACCGACAUUCGCGGAUGCGUACAGUAAUAUGGGAAAUACCCUCAAGGAAAUGCAAGAUGUUGCCGGUGCCUUACAAUGCUAUACAAGGGCUAUUCAAAUUAAUCCAGCAUUUGCCGAUGCUCAUAGCAAUCUUGCAAGCAUCCACAAAGACUCCGGAAACAUUCCAGAAGCAAUUCAAUCGUAUAGAACAGCGUUGAAGUUGAAACCGGAUUUCCCAGACGCAUAUUGCAAUUUGGCUCAUUGCUUGCAAAUUGUAUGCGAUUGGACGGACUAUGAAGCGCGAAUGAAGAAGUUAGUUAGCAUUGUCGCUGAACAGUUAGAGAAAAAUAGAUUACCCUCAGUCCAUCCUCAUCAUUCAAUGCUGUAUCCUCUUACGCACGAGUUCAGAAAGGCUAUUGCCGCCCGACAUGCCAAUUUGUGCCUUGAAAAAGUUCAAGUUCUACACAAACCCCCAUACAAAUUCCCCAGAGAUUUAAAUUGUCGCCUACGUAUCGGCUAUGUAAGCAGUGAUUUUGGAAAUCAUCCAACUUCUCACUUAAUGCAAUCAGUUCCCGGAUUGCACGACCGUGCUAAAGUUGAAAUCUUCUGUUAUGCACUUAGCCCAGAUGACGGCACAACAUUCCGUUCGAAAAUAGCUAGAGAAGCUGAGCACUUUACUGACUUAUCUCAGGUGCCUUGCAAUGGAAAAGCAGCUGAUAAGAUUUAUUCAGACGGUAUUCAUAUUCUAGUAAACAUGAAUGGUUAUACUAAGGGAGCUAGAAAUGAAAUAUUCGCACUACGGCCUGCCCCAGUCCAAGUUAUGUGGUUGGGUUAUCCUGGCACGAGCGGGGCCAGUUAUAUGGACUACUUGGUGACCGAUGCUGUGACAUCACCAGUUGAAUUAGCCAGCCAGUAUAGUGAGAAACUCGCCUAUAUGCCGCAUACAUACUUCGUAGGCGACCAUAAACAAAUGUUCCCACACUUACAAGAAAGAUUGAUCGUUAGUGACAAAGUGAAGUCUCAUAAUAAUAUGGGCAGUGUAGCAGAUAAUGUUGCAGUUAUAAACGCAACAGAUUUGUCGCCGCUUGUCGAAAAUACGGAUAUUAAGGAAAUUAAAGAAAUAGUAAGAGCCGCCCGACCAGUGGAGAUUUCAUUGAAAGUUGCAGAAUUGCCGACUACAACGCCUAUCGAAACUAUGAUCGCAUCAGGACAAGUACAGACGUCAGUUAACGGAGUGAUCCUACAAAACGGUCUCGCAACAACCCAGACAAACAACAAAGCAGCAACCGGUGAAGAAGUUCCACAGUCAAUAGUGAUUACCACUAGACAACAGUACGGCUUACCGGACGAUGCAGUGGUGUAUUGCAACUUCAACCAACUAUACAAAAUAGACCCCCUAACUUUGCACAUGUGGGUGUAUAUUCUGAAACAUGUGCCCAAUAGUGUGUUGUGGCUGUUAAGGUUCCCAGCUGUUGGCGAACCGAAUUUGCAGGCUACUGCUCAGCAAUUAGGUCUACCACCCGGUCGUAUAAUCUUCUCAAAUGUGGCGGCCAAAGAAGAACAUGUGCGUCGCGGGCAGUUGGCCGACGUGUGUCUAGACACGCCGUUAUGUAACGGACACACAACCAGCAUGGACAUAUUGUGGACUGGUACACCCGUUGUCACGCUGCCCGGUGAAACUUUGGCUUCACGUGUGGCUGCAUCUCAAUUAAAUACUUUGGGAUGCCCAGAGCUUAUCGCCAGGACCAGGCAAGAGUAUCAAGAUAUUGCAGUAAGAUUAGGGACUGAUAGAGAAUAUUUAAAAGCAAUUCGUGCCAAGGUAUGGACCGCACGUACAGACAGUCCACUUUUCGAUUGUAAGGCGUACGCUACCGGCUUGGAAAUGCUAUACAAUAAGAUGUGGGCCAAGUACGCCCGGAAUGAACGUCCUGAUCAUGUACAGGCGAUAGACAAA